AUGACGCAGUAUUUGUUUAAGAUAUUCUCCGUUAACAGAUUGCAAAGAAUUACAUUUGUAUCAGAAGCCGUAAUUGAAGUUGUUCUAAAAAAAGCUCAUGAGAAAGGACUUACUGGCUCUUUUUUUGUUACCGAAACCGAUGGCUGCGUUAUAUUUGACGAUAACACUUUAGAAUGGUACGCGAAGGAAAAAACAACUUUGAUGUUGGUGGAGAAAGAGAGUGAUUGGACAGAGGCUCGGUUGUCUAUUACAUCACUUCUGAAUGAUUCUGAUAUUAAUGCGUUGAACGUAUCAAUAGAAGCCGAUGGAACGCCAGCCGCAUCAAUAUUACCGAAUAUAGCUUCUCAGUCAUCUUUACAACGUACAACAUCUGAUGAACUUCAUGAAACUGCAGCAGGUUCAUCUGCUGAAAUAAUACCUGAAAAUUCCACAAGCUUUAAUAAAUCAAAUUUAUCGAAGUAUGAGCAUGAAAUUUCUAUCGUACAAACUUCCGAUAUGGCUUCGAACUGUUCAUUAGACACUACAUUAACUAUGAGUAGUACGGCUACAUCAUCUCGUUCUGAUUCAGUUGAAUGCACUAAAUUGUUUCGGAGUUUUCAAAUACCUUGGGAAAGAAUACCGACGGACAUUAUGGAGUCUCUAGCUAGAAAAGAAAAAAUUGGAGGAAAUUUAAAUAGAUUUGUCAACAUAAUCACCGACGAAAUGAGGAAUCUUUCAUACUUUUUACCAAUGAAUGCAAUUCGCACAGUUUGUGAUAAAAUUGCUAUGAAAUAUCCGGAAUCUUUUCUCGAAUGCGAUUUAAAUGGACAUAUAUUAUCUGGAACGCCUUUUUCUUUGAUUACAACAAUGAAAAAUAGAAACAAUUUUUUAAACAGGGUGCCUAAGAAAAGAAAGUCUGGAAUAGAAGCAUGCAUACCUAUCAAACAACAAAGAUUGGCAAAUACGCUAAUGGAAACUUGUGCAAACUGGCAGCCCCAAGAAAUAAAUGAAGGGCAAUCUUACAAUUCGUUGGAAUUAAAAAAAAAUGCGUUGAUAAAGUUACAUGAAAAAAAUUUCGUUAGUCAAGAAGAACGUGAAACCAUUAAGGACUUUAUGAAGGAAUGUUUUCCUAUACAACGCAAAUAUUUCAAUAAUAUGGAUAAUAUCCCAACUAUAAUUGAAAUACAGCGCAAUUGGCCUUUUAUGUUUAACAAGGAAUAUUUAUAUGAUCAUUUCGAAUUGCUGAUGAAUUUGAAGGCGAACACUUUUAUAAUGAAUUUUGAAAAAAACAAAGCUAAAAUCAACCAAAUUGCAAAGAAUACCAAAGAAGAAGAAGGGGAUGAGUCUACAUUCAAUGCUAUAUUUGGAACCACGAUGGAAGAUAUCAUUAUAUCAAUUCCGACGAAUGGUCCUUGGUUUGCUAUAGUUGAUACUAUGUCUGAACAGUGCAUAGCGUAUAUUUUUGCAGAAAAAAUAUUAAUAGUAAAGGAGGAAAAUUUUACUUUUGUGGAUUUACUUUGCCAGGUUAUCAGCUACUAUUAUGUAUUUAACAUAGUAUAUCCAAAAGAAAUUUCGCAGUCCCUAGAAUUUUGCGUAAGGUAUUUUUAUAACCACUACUGCGAAAAAUUAAGAGGUUCUAAAAAAACACUAGAAGGAAAUAAUUUCCAAUAUUGCGAAAGGACAAUAAAGAUCUUAGGUUUAGUACAAAAAUUGAGUGAUGAACUAUUUACGGAAAUGCAGCAAUCUUUGAUUUUCGCAAAAUUUUGGAUGAAAAUGAAAACUUCUGUUAUAUUUCGGAGUUUAGAAAGAUUGCUUAAAAAAUUGCUCAAAAAGCAACUUGAAAUAUCGUCAGAAUUAAAAAAUAGUUACAAUUUAAUGGGUAUUUGA